AUGCUUCAAACUGAGGUGCAGGCAGGCAGGGUUGCUGGUCCCUUUCAAGCUCCACCAUUUAACAAUUUGCGUAUUUCUCCUUUAGGACUGGUGCCCCCAAAACAACCUAACAAGUUUCGCUUAAUCCACCACUUAUCUUGUCCAUCAGGCUCAUCAAUAAAUGAUGGUAUUCCAGCCGAGUUGGCAACUGUUCAGUAUGCCAAUAUUGAUGAUGCAGUUAAGAUUAUUAGGGAUCUGGGUCUAGGCUGUUUCUUGGCUAACACUCACAUCAAAUCAGCAUUUAGAAUUAUUACAGUAGCUCCACAUGACCAUUGUUUGUUGGGUUUCAGGGAGCGCUGUUUUUCGGAUUUGCAGGCUUUUUUGGAUUUGUGUGCUGAGCUUGGGGUUCCAAUUGCACAGGAAAAGACUAUGGGAUCCAACACUUCCAUGGUGUUUGCAUGUAUUGAGUUAGACACAGUUCAAGGCGAGUGCCGACUGCCACAGCAUUGCCACAGCUGGAUUGAUACUUUCUUAGUAAAGAAAAAAGGGUCUGACUAUUUGUUCAAAUUUACCAGACAAACUGGAAAUGCAGUGAUAGCUGAUAAGGGAUUUGACAUACAAGAUCAGCUAGCACCCAGGGGAAACAUUUUGAAUAUCCCACCAUUCAUAAUAAUUGGUACUGGUCAGCCAAGUGAGCCAGCGCAUGAUUUUCAGACUUCUCAGAGCUAUGGUGAGUUUACAGAUUACGAUGAUAAUCAGAGUGAUUACCCAUCUGCUAGACAUUUUGCACCUAUCAACACAGAUGAUGAAUUUGAAAGUGUCUCUCAGGUUCACAGUCCGCGUCGUCCAGUGUGGCAUGAUGAUGAUGACAACUUUCAACCGAUGAGUGAUGCAUAUGGGUCUCGACAGUACAAUGUGUCACCUCAGAGAAGAAGACUUAAAGAUGGUGAUUACAUAACAGAUACAGAUGAUACCGUGAAUGGUCCUAGACAGUAUGCCCCUUUAGAUGGUGCUAAUACAGCAUGGGCCCCAAGAACAUAUCGUUCUGACACUGAAGAUAAUGGUAGAUUAGUGAAAUCUGAUCAGUUAUUACAUGAAAAGGGUAGAUCAUGGCAGACUCCUAUAUCAGAUGAUGAGGAGAGUAUUGACUGGGAUAGAAACAGAGUUGGAAAUUCCACUAGAUUUCAAAAAUAUGGUGGCAAUAAAUGGUAGCACACUGCAAGUGGAAAAAUGCUGACUGCAUCAGAUGAAAAUGAAUACCAGCAUAAAAGUUGCUAUGGUAACUGAAGAUGUAUACAUAAUUAGUUUCUCAUUGCACACAGUCAUGACAUAAGUGGUAAUGAAUAAUUUAAGCAGCUCUCAGUAGAUUUCAAGUUUUUGUCAUGUAAUUUCUUGUGAUAUGUUGGAUCACAUGGUCACCCUAGUUACAAAACAUCAUCUUUUAUUUUUAUUCCUAUUAAAAUUAAAACUUCCCUAUAUCUCAGGAACAUGUAGAGGCCGCUUUACUUUUAAAGAAAAUAAAAAUUUUGUGAUUUUAUUUGUUACUUAUAUAGAUAUCAAAUUCUAUUGAAUUUUAGUCAUAUUUAUUUAGUAUUUUUAAUAAUUAUGUGGUUGAUCAAUUGUGUAAAUCUGGUGUAGCUUACGAAAGGAGCACUACUUUAUUUUAUCAAGUAGGUUACAAUUUUUCACUUACUGAACACAACAUGUUUGUAUUAUAUAUAGAAGAUAAUAUUUGGUAAUCGUAGUCCUAAAUAACUAUUAAAAAUAGCUAGACGUUUCGAGCAAUGGCUCUUUAUCGAUAGCAUAGGUUAGAAUGUUUGUAUUAUCAUUUUUAUAUUUUCAGUGUAUACAUACAUGUACAAUACAAGAUCACGAUUUCAUCACUCGGCAGAUUUUCCAAUUAUAGUUUAAAUCAUUGAUUCAUUUUUUAUUAAGAUGUAUAUUUCAGUAUUACAAAUGUUGGUUACCAACUAUUUUUAUAACUGACUUUUUUUCAACUGUUAAAUUUUAAAUGUCAGAUUAAUGUAAUUUUACAGAUAUAGUAAAGAAAAUCAAAUUAAUAUUAGCCUGUGCAGUGUGACAGCUAUGAAGACAUGACAGUGCUUUGGAACCAACCAGGAAA